CGUAACUGCCCGGGAAUCACCCAUGGGACCCGAACCCGUUGGACUUAAAAGGACCCGUGGGUUACCAAGGUUACCAAUUGUAAUCUCUUUCUUUAACCAUCACCCGCAGUGAAGGUUUUGACGACUAUGGCACCCAUAGAUUACUCCAAAUGGGACAACAUAGACACGGAUUCCGAGCCAGAUAUGUCGUCUCCCCAGGUGCCCGCGCCUAAAGCCAACCAGCCACCUGCGCCAACCACCCCGCAGUCCCAGCCGUCCGCAUCCACUCCGAUGGCAACGCUGCAAACGCACGACGCUCCGGCCCCCGCCCGAGUCAAAGCUGUCAUUGUCCGGUGCGACGUCGACAAAAUCAGAUCUGCGCCUUGGUCCGCGACCACAAUCCCCGCCGACCAUCCCGUUUUCUCCCAGGCCGUCCCUCCCCUCCCAGGCCUCAUCGGGGUCCCGCUGGUCGUCCACCGCGUAGGCACGCGGUCCGCCGACCGCGCCGACCUCGACAACCAGAUCGCCACGUACCUCAACAUCGACCCCGACUCCGGGUUUGCGCCCCCGGCAUGGCAGUCAAAUGUCGGCACCGUCGUGGUCGCGCGCAAGGACAAGAAGCCGUUACUGCAGCACCAUCUCGAGGGCGUGUGGAUGUACUGCGACUACAUUCUGGACCUCUUUGGCGAGGGAGAGGGGCCGCCGACGCGGCUGUACAGUCGGCGGGCCUUUGAGAAAUGGUGGGGCAAUUACUGUGAGGACCAGAAAGGGUCUCGGCCGGGGGAUGGAGGCGAGAAGGAUCCGGAUGACUGGCGGGCGGUAAAGUCUCCAUAUGAGAUGUGAGACUCCCUCCAGGACAGGGCAGAUUUAAAUGACUAGCCCUUGAGAAUGUACAACCCUGCUGUUUUUACGUAUCGCGACCGUGACCCUCAAAUACGCGUCUCGCUCCCGCAGCUACCCAGGCUCCUAAGACUCUGCGCACUCAUUGUUCUCUAGCUCGCC